AUGCGAUACGAAGGGCAAGCUCGCCCACUAGCGUAUGUUACCCUCCUUGUGUUGGUUUUCACGGAAGGGAUCGUUAACGCAGCAAGGUAAUCACCGAAAUAUUUUCUAGAAAUCGCUUGUGUUACCUCGUAAGUCUUGCAUUUACUUUUAGGAAUGUCUUUAGCAAAUUUGUACUUUCAAAUUCUCACUGAAUUUGUCCGUUAAUGGCAUGAAGUUGUGUAACAGAGAGAGAUGUAGUACUAAAUCAAGAAUAUUCUCUCUAGGUAAGAAAAGUGAAAAAAAAUGGGCCGUGAAAAACAAAAGAAAUCACCACUCCUUUUAAAACGAGGAAAAAAGGAAACAAAACGAAAAGAGUUCUCGUUUUGGAACGAGCAAAUUACAUAAGCGAAAAAUUCAAAACUGUAUUUUACAAAGUAACAUGUUGGAAAGUAAUUCCCUUGCUGGGCAAUUCUGAAAAAUGAAUAACUAUGUACGUGCCGGCGACUCGAAAUUUCAUGACCAUGAGGCGCAAAAUAUUUUUUAUCAGCGUUCAGUGCUGUCUCUACAAUCGUGUACAGCUUUUAAAAUUUUCUGAAAUACUGGAAAAUGUUAAUUAAAAUAGUCAGCGCUUUACGCCGAAGCUUCCAUAAUUUAGAAUUCAUUGUUUGAGAAAGGAAAUUUCAAGCUUCUUUGUAAGGAAAAAUUUUCCAAAACAAGGAAACUAAAAUCAGGCGGCAGCGAAGAGAUUAUAAGUCUGGACUCGUCUAGUUUCAAAUUUGCUAAACAAGGAAUUAAUGUUUUCCUCACAAAAAAGGGGAGAAAACGAUUCUUAUUGCAAAUGACCGCGGGUUAAUCAAGAAGUGCUGGGGGUUGCUCUUUGAAUUUUAACCGUUUUUUGGUUGUUCAGUCAAUCGGCCAAGUUUUAUACAUAACGUGCCAACACCCUGAAGUGAACCCAAAACUUUUAACAAAAGUUUACUUUGGAAGGAAUAAAAAAGAUUACUUGAAAGUUAGUCAUAAUAUUAGGCGAAUCUAACGAUGUAUAUGGAAUUGGCUUUCAGAUAUGAAUUGCCAGAAACGUUUGAGACUGAAGUAGACGGGCUCGCCGACUUGGAGAGACAGCAAAGAUCUUUCCGAACCUGUAAGUAACCGUCAAGCUUUAUAAAAGUAAAUUUCCAUUUUUUAAAGUAUUCAUGAGAGUAAAAAGACCUAUGGAAGGUGGGGUCGAAGUGGUUUUAUUUGAAUGUUUUUCGCCAUCGUUUUCGUCGCACAAAAUAGCUUGAGCCAAUCUGUACAGCGUUACAAACAACAUCACAGGAAAGUAUUGAUCAGUAGCUUUCAUUUGAAUGCAGUGUGAAAUCCUAAAGUAGGUGUCUGAGUUUUCAAUCUUGGUGGAACAUGUCGUAUUAUUUGUCAUGGUGUCCUUUCAUGACGAGUCGUCGAAAGUAAACUUACCAGUCACUUUAGGAUUUCAUCCACAUACUGAAAAGUUAGAACCACCUUGUACAGCAUAAUAAACAACACCGCAGGAAAGUGUUGAUCAGUAGCUUUCAUUUUAAUUAUCACACUUCGCAAUAUCACACACUCUAAAGGUAGAUCCGCCUCGUCAACGUUAAGACAGAGUACUAGGGGAAUGCACUACUCAGCAGAUAGAUUGAGAUGUACUGAUAAAUCAUGCGUUUUGUUUUCUCGCGGCUCAUGAAACAGUUUUAUCAUUCCCCACUAACAAAAGAAGCUUUUUCAGUCUUCAUACUCGCGAAGUUACACCUCUUUAACGCUUUUGGUUUUACGCUAACGUACAUUACAUUUUGUUACCUUUUGUAAAAGAUGUGUAAGAACCUACUUCAGGUUUAUAAAACGUAAAUAGCUUUAUGAAAGAUUUUCACUGGUUUUAAGUUGCCUCGCCAUGUCUUUAACUUAUACCUUGUCUUUUAAAAGUAUCUUAAAUAUCACUUGAAAAAAUACAGGGUGGUCUAACGGCACCGUUGGUUAUGGAAGAUCUUUACACAACUUUUGACCCAAAUCUAUUUCAAUAAAGAAAUGACGAGAAUGAAUGGUAUAAUUUUGACCUCAUUGUGUUUUUUACUUAACAACAAUUCGUUAAGUUUUGAAAAAUGCCCUUUACGAGACUGUAAUAUUUUGAGACUUAUGAGCAAGGUGUGUCUUUUUUCUUUUGUUUUGCUCAACAUAAACCGGAAAAAAAAUCUUAACAAAAUCUCUUGCAACUGUCCAGUUUUCCUUGUUUGAAUCCAUUACUUUUCUUUCAAAAGAUCGGUAUAUCUUCUGGAAGGCAGAGUUAAAAAUGGCAAAAUAAAUCUUAAAAAUGGAAAUUAAAUUCUUUCUUUUGUGGAAACGCUAACUUAGCAACCGCCGUUGCUAUUUAAUAGUUGACGUAAAGAUCUUCUAUCAUGUGACAAUAAAUGUUCCCCGCACGAGAAUUCUGGGAACGAGGGAUUUGGUUCCGUUUCUUGAAAACACCGAAACCAUCUCCGCUUCCCAAAGAUAUUUUGCGUAGACAAAGUUUACCUUUUAGAAUGAAGAGUUGUUUCAUUAAUAGACCAUGUUGCAAUUAAUAGGCUUCAUCGCAAAAGUUUUAGUUUUAAAAUCGUAUUGUUUAGCCCGCGAGAAAGCUCUCCCGGGGGUGCGGGGGUGGGGAAGGGAAAAGGGAAAGAGCCCUUUUCCCUCUCUUUCCCUACCCCCCCCCCCCCACCCCCCCACCCCGCGCAUAGUAAAAAUAAUCGUUAAAAUGAUUGUAAAGCGAUGUUCAAUUCAAUUCAAUUUUGAGUGUAAUCAUUAGAGAGCAAAUAUAAGCAGCCACGAAGACGACAACAACGAUGACGUCAAAAAGCAGUUGGUUUUAACAACAGCUCUGCAUGUGCAUCACGCUUUUUAUUACAUUUCUUUGUCGUUCACUGCACUACUACGACGUGCAACCUACUAAUGCGACGUUUUAUGGAGGACGUGAACAUACGACGACGAAUUUCUGAACUUUCUUGAACCUGGAUAAAGUCCUUACGAAUUCAACUUCAGGACAAAUCGCCUACAUUUGAAAAAUUGAGCGAGCGAAAUGGAUGCGAUAAUGUUUGAGAGGACGUAGUUUCAUUUUUUAGUGAUGUUUUCACUGCCCUCCUGGCUAAACACAAGAUCGGAUAAUCUGCGUUUAAGAGAAGUUCAUUCCCUUUUCAGGUUCUCCCACACCUAUUUAUUUCUCUUCUAGUUAUUCUUCAUAUAUUUUUGUUGUGAAAUCAUUAAAGCAAAGUAAAGCAAGAAGGAAAGCAAUGGCUAUACUUGUCAAUUACACCGGAUCAUUUUACGUUUCUGUGAAACUGCCCACCUACCCCUCCCCUAAACCAACAUUAACACUUAGUUCUUACUUAGGGAAAAAUGUUGGCUUAGGGGAGGGGUAGGUCGGCAGUUUCCCAGAAACGUAAAAUGAUCCAUUACACCUUUAAGAGUUUUAUGAAAUUGGCCUUAAGAUUCACUGUUCCGCUCGCCCUCGAUUCCUUACUCCAUUCUUGAUUGUCGUCUCUUUCACAGCUGAUUACGGACCUUUGAGAAGAACAAGCAGUGCACGCACUAUCCACUUGCCUGUUAAAAGUGAUGGCAAUGCGUGUGGAGUCACGUGCGCUAACGGUGGUACAUGCGUAAACAAUUCUUGUGUCUGUACCUCAGGCUGGACUGGAGUUGACUGCACACAGAGUAAGUUUCGUGCACUCUCAGUAAUUAAGUCAUGCUAGUGGACCCCACUUGAGUCUGUCAAGCUGAGUUACGAUGUUUUAGGUCUUUUCGUACGCCUGCAAGGUCACUGUUUCAUGGGAUAUGUCACGUAACGUAACGUAACAAAUACAAAGCAUUCUUUCUUAAGAAAACCUGCGAACAUGAAUCUGAAAUUAAGGAAAAGAAGUUAAGAACUUCCUCCGCUGCAUCCAGUUGUAAGCACAACCAACAACAAAAAAGCGGUUGUCUUACCCUUCAAUACACUUCAUAGGAAGAAUUCUUUUCAGUACGAGAGAGUCCCUCCACCCCUCUCCCCCUUUUUAACGUUGUCACUGCCAGUGUUGAAUACGAUCUUUGAAUCCUUGUAAUAUUUUGACAACCAGCGGGGGAGGGAGCAGAAGUCGGGCGAAGUCUGAUAAACACCAUUUGAGGAUCAAAACGUUACGGUGUCUCCAGCCUUUUUGCAACUGUUUGUUGGUUGCCUUAAAUGGGCCAUUUACACGAUUUAGUCUUUUUACUACUGAGACCAGAAUUCAUUUCGUUUUUCCUUUCAUAUUUAAAUUUGGUAGUCCCAGUGAGGUUUAAAUAACAGAUGCCUCAAUUUGCACAAGAAAGCAAUACCCUGAAGGAUUCUGGUCAUAGUAGUAAAAUGACGCCAUCGUGCAAAUGGCCUAUUCUGCUAAGUGAUCUAUUCUUUGUCCUUUCCCCCUUACUAUUUUUAUCUAUGAGCUGAACAAUAUCCCUUGACAAAUGGACGGCUUAAUUAAGACCAAAAAGUGAGCUGCCAAGUUGAUUUUUUUUACGUUCAAUUUCCUCUUUCUGCGCCUUGAAAUUAGUUCAGAAAUUGUUUAGAAACGAAGCCUCGCUUGAUCUAAUAAUCAGUUCCCGUAAUUUCCCUUUCACAUCACAUUUUUUUCAUCCGCCGAUUUUCAUUGGUUAUUGUUUGUGUUCGUUCAACAGAGACCUGCUCUCCCCGAUGUCGAAACGGAGGAGUUUGUCAGAAUGGAGCCUGUAAAUGUGUAGGGGACUGGGAAGGAGAUCAUUGUCAGACACGUGAGUUAACCUUUCUUUGAGCCAUAAUUUCACAAUAAGAGCUGCUGAACCACUUAGAAGAAGAGGCUCGAAGAAGAAGAAGCUUUAUUUGUUUACAUUCACAAUAACUAAAUUACAAAUACAGACUACCUAACAAAACAAACAAACCUUUUUACCAGGUUAAAACGAAUCCUCUUUUUCAAAGUAACGCAGACACUUAAAUUAUCUUGCCCCUCGUAGUUGCAGGUCUUUAAAAUAAUGCCCUUUUGGUUUUCGUCAAUAUUCUGUGGGCUAACUACUGAUUGUUCGAUUUAAACAAUGGGUAAGCUCUUACACCAAGCUGUGAUGUUGAGAUGAUUGGGCGCAUACACGCACAGACGCGCGACACCUGCUUGGAUCCGAGCUUACAGUAGAUGACAUUCUACUGUGCAUAUUUUUUAUUGGAUAGUUAAUGUUACAUGGUAGGACUUAUCAUAUAAAAACGUUCCUUUUUUGUGUUAUCGAAGGGUUAGAGCUACUGUACACCCAUUCUUCCAUAAAUUUCGUUAUUUAUUCGUUUAUUUAUUUUGCAGUGUUACGACUACUAUAACGAGCAACUAACUGUUUAAAACUUUCUCAUACAGGAAAGUGCACAAAAAAUUGCCAGAAUGGAGCAGCCUGUGUGAAUAAUGAGUGUGUUUGUACAGGCGGUUGGGCAGGACAACUUUGUGACAGAGGUGUGUUAAUGAUAUAUACUUUUUUCACUAACAUUGCAAACUGGUAAACAUUAAAAAGCAGAGUCCUGCUAACAUUAAAAAGCAAUCCUGAGUUCCCAGAUUCAAGUCCUGUCCACUAGUCUAUUUUUCCUCAAUAGUCCUGAGUGCAAUUCCUUAGCCACGAUUACGGUAGAUUUUAUCCGCUUGUUCGAUUCCCACUGAGGUUCAAAAGCGUGGCUCUAUAAUUCUGUAUACUGUGGCUUACGUUCAGCCGGAAAUUCAAAAAUGAUCUUUAUCUCUUAAAAUUACUACUUGGAGUAGUUCUCUUUUCCACCAUUUGCCUUGUCAGUACCACGCGGCGCAACGUUUGAAUGCUUGUAAAUUGAUAUGCAUCUGGUAAGUUGCGAUGUUUUGAACCCCGAUGUUUAAAGGGUCUAUGUCAUGGCAAGUUCCUUAUUUUUAAGGUUAGACUCUGACUCGCUCUAACUCAGAAUUAAAAAUUCUAACUUACUCAACAGAAUAAUUUUUAUAGUCACCUUUUAGCAUUUCAUACGCGUUCACAAAAACAGAGAUUUUCUGGACGUCCAAAGACGAAAGUAAGUCGCCUGGGGUCACCGAGCUCGGCUAGAUCGGGCGGCCCUGCCGGUGGAAUUACCAGCCGUUGUGGUCACUGUGGCUGAUUGUUACUCAACCUAACUAUAAUUCUUUCUUCACAGCUACUUGUGUUCCAUAUUGUCAGAACGGCGGAACAUGCGAGAAGCCUAAUCACUGUAAAUGCACGCCGUGGUACACAGGCGCUAUGUGCGAAAGAUGUAAGUUGUCCAUAUUGAUAGAACUCUUAAACACUCAUCUUCGAUGGUUUAUGUUAACCCUUUCACUGCCAGAGUGCUUGAUGGAGUUUUGAAAGGUGACUGUAACUUUUGCGUUUGUGGACGAAAUCCUAUGAUGUGACCAUUCAACUGAAAGCUCCCUGCCUGUACUCACACAUGGUACUUUUUGUUUUUCAAAAUGUUAGAAAAUGAAAUUUCGAAAUCUGGUCGAAAUUUGCCUUUAACUACGUGUGGCAGUGAAAGGGUUAAAAAAAAGAAGAGCAAAAUAUUUUCGGAAAAGGGAAAAGAAUUUUCUUGAUCAACAAUUUCAUUGACGCCUGUUUUCUCAAGCUCUCUGAUGAGAGUGUUAUUAUAAAAAAUCUGUUUUAUCUUUUGUUUGUAAUUUUCAGCACUCUGCAAUCCGGACUGUGGAGUGGGUGGAGUGUGCGGCUACAAUAAUACGUUAAGUAAGAUGAUGUGUACCUGUCUUCCUGGAUAUCAUGGUGAAGCAUGUGACCUAGGUAUGAACUUCUCUUUACAACCUUAUUGAGGAUUUCUGGAGAUUUUGGAGUCUUUGGUUUACUGACUUUAUGCCCACCUGCCAUCUCUCUCCUCUCCCUCCUUCCCUCUCUUCCUUUCUUGCUUCCCACGACUUCAAUUUAUUCUGCCUCCUUCCUUGCUUCCUUCCUCCCCCUCCCUCCCUCUCUUCCUUCCUUUCUUUCUACCUUCUUUUCUCUCUUUCUUUCCUUCCUCCCUUCCUCCCUCCCUCCCCCUCUUCCUUUCUUCUUUUCUUACUGGCCCUUCCUCUCUUCCUCCCUCUCUUCCUUCCUUCCUUCCUUCCUUUCUCCCUCCCUUCCUCCCUUCCUUCCUUUCUUCCUGCCCCUCCCUCCUUCUCUUCCCUCCUCUCUUCCUUCGCUCCUCCCUUCCUCCCUCCCUCCCUCCCUCCCUCCCUCCCUUCCUUCCUUUCUCCCUCCCUCCCUUCAUUCCUUCCUUGCUUCCUUCCGUCCUUCCUCCCUCCCCUCCACCCUCUCUUCCUUGCUUCCUCCCUCUCUUCUUCUUCCUCUUCCUUCCUUCCUUCCUUCCUUCCUUCGUUUCUUCCUUCCUCCUCCUUCCUUUUUUUUCUGCCUUUCGUUUUUCCUGCCUCUUUCCUUUUCUUCUCUUCUCUUUUUCUUAUUCUUUUCUUUUCCUUCACUUUUCUUCCUUACUCUCCUAAUCCCUUUCUCCUUUCAUUGGUCUGCUUUCUCUCGGCGGACUUAAUUGCAUUAAUGCUGUGAUCUAAUGUUUCUCAUUUUUGUUCUUGGUUUGUUUUAACAGUACGUCCAUGUGAAAUGCCUCUCAGUCAAGGUGUUAGUGCCCAGUUUCUCGACGAAACCUUUUAUUCAAACGCUCAGAAUAGGCUCCCCUUCACUGGCAACGCUGCCUCCACAAUUGCCUGUCUCAAGUAUCUUGCAGAAGUGGACAAAAAGUGCUACUCAAAAAACACAACGUUCACGCAGACAGAGUGUGAGAAGUAUUGCGGUAAGCAGUGAUUUUGUUAGAAAUGGUUAUGGUGAGUCCUUGGACUCAUCUUGUGAAAAAUCAUAAGUCAUAAGCCCCAUUGAGUCCCAGUUCAAAAACCAACGAGUUCUAAAUUGAAAAAGCUUGGGUCUUUAUGUAAUCAGGCAGUUACUAAAUCUGAAGACAGACUCCAAAACUCACAGUUUACUGAAAUUAAAAUAUAAUCCUCCUGUUUAAACAACAAAAUUGAGGGGACUGAAAAUAAACAUGUAUCGUUAAACAACAACCACAUUAACAGCCAUAAAAAUCACACAAACAGGAUUUUCUACAAAAACAUCCUCAGAUCGAUCGAUCUUUGCGUCCUACGGGACGCACCCACACAGUAAUUUUCAAGGAGUUAUAAUAACUCCUCUAGUGGGUUAAUUUAACUCCUUGCAGUGCAGUUAUUUUUUGGGGAGUUAUUUUAACUCCAAAAAGGAGUUUAACGAACUCUUUUUCAGGGGUAGAAAUGACUCCAGAUAUUGAGGAGUUAAAAUAACCCGAAAAAAAGGAGUUAUCCUGUACGUAAAAUUUUUACUCCACUUUCAGAGUUCAAUUAACUCCAAAAAGAGUAAAAACAACCCAUGUAAGGAGUAAAAAUAACCCCAUUUUCGGAGUUUUUUUUAACUCCAGACUGGGAAUAAAAAGAACUCUUUUUCAGAAGUAAAAAUGACCCCAAAUUUGAAGUUAAAUUAGGAGCUAAAGUAACCCCAAAAAAGGGGUUUCCUGUACCUAAAAUUUUUCCUCCAUUUUUGGAGUUAUAAUAACUCCCUAAAAAUUACGGUGCAUUUGAUUAUUUUGCGUCUUUGGGGAUUUUUAUGCGUCUUGGACGCAGGGCGCAGAGGUAACAAAAUCAGUGGGCAAGUCAUUUAUUUAGCAUAGGUGAUCGACUUCAAGUAUUUCCCUUGUUUUUGUUUUUUCAAAGAGAAAUAGUAAAGGCAAAACAUAAAUAAGAGCGCCGAAAAUAUCACCCUUACUGCUCUUCCUUUGGAAUUGCACUAGACUUUCAAUCCAGAGGCCCCGAGUUUAACUCCCGCCCUCCCGCUACCUGGAUUUGUUCUCGGCAGUUCCGAUUUUACAGCGUCGGCCAUGUUUGCCUCUAUCCAGUUGGGAUUUUUUGACCCUGUUAUGUUUAAUUCGAAUUGUUUGUUUCAUUAUGCCUGAAAAGCCCUUAAGGGAAGGGAAUAAUUCAAUAUCUAUAUUUGUUUACUCCUUGAUGAAUGUCACCAUACAUUUGGGGUUUUUUUUUCAGACGCUCUGGAGACGAAUGAUAUCUGUAAGAAGAUCUGGAAUCCAAUUGGCUAUGGAUAUUCUGAAAAUGAUCUCAAGCGAGACAACAUCACGUGGUACUACAAUACGGCCACACAGUCCUGCAAACAAUUCCAAUCCCUUGGCUGCCUCGGAAAUGAAAACAACUUCAAAACUGAGUCGAUCUGCCGAACAAAAUGCUCUAGUAAGCACAUAAUGAUAGUUGAGCCUUUCAAAAUUCAUAAAAGGACAAAUUUUCUUUCUAGUUUUUUUGAAAACGAAUCUACAUUUUGAACGUUCUGCUGAAGUCAAAAGUGCGAACCACCUCGUAUGGCAUAAUAGACAUUACCACAGGAGAGUACUGUUUAGUAGGUUCAUUUGAAUGGUUACACUUUAAGAUGUCGUCCACAAACUCAAUAGUAAGGACCACCUUGUGCAGCGUAAUAAACAGCACCACAGGAAAGUUCUGCUCAGUAGCUUUGGCAUUUGAAUGGUCGCACUUUAGGUUUUCAUCCACAGAUUCAAAAGUUAGAACCACUUGUACAGCAUAAUAAACAGUACCACAGGAAAGUACUGCUCAGUAGCUUUCAUUUGAAUGGUCACAAUCUGGAAUUUCGUCCACAGACUGUAACAUCAGAACUACAAUGCCUGUCUACGUGAGUGACUGCGGUUAAGAUCCGUGGUUGCAAAUGGAUUUAAGUUUAUAUUCUCCUGAACUGAAUUACCAGCAAUCAGCUAUUCCUUCCUUGGCUUAACUUAUUCUAACUUUUACAUGACAAGACAUGCGAUCACUUAGUCCAAAAAUAAAUUAAACCGUCCGAAUUCAUACUUUAUAAGCGAGCACAAUUCGUAUCCAGUAUGUCUCACUCGAAAACGCUUACGUUUCAAAUUUUUUUCCCUUUAUUGCAGAGGUUGUUCCGACUCUUCCAGCAACAUUACCUGUCAUAAACGGUAGGUUAAUAACGUGGAUAUAAUAAGGAAAUAAUGGAUAAGGUUGAGCGGUAUAGUGAGAAUUAUUAAACCUGAGGCUGUAUUAUUUGGCGAUGCCUAAGGCUAGGGCGGAUAACACAAACUAUUAGAAAAGUUUUUAAAACGGAAAAAAUUGUCGUGCGCCUUAAUGUUUUCGUGGAAAAAUGAAAAAAAUUAUAAAUGAUAUAAUAAAGGAUGAAUUAGCUACGGAGUGACUAAUCUGUAAAUUUCCAUCCUUAUAGCACCUGGAAGUUGUUUUGUGACUGGUAAAGACCACUUUAGCACCUUUGAUAACACUGGUUACCGCUUUACUGGAGCUUGUUCAUCUAUGUUGGUGAUAGACAAUGAGAAUCCUAACCAGUUCAAAGUUGUCCUGAACGGUGAUCCAAACUGUAAUGUUAGCGUACCGUGCCAGAAGUCAUUAGACAUGAUCGUAGAUGGUGUCAGCGUGCAUCUGGGAGCAAUGACAAACACGUCUUUUGUUGUGAAAGUGGACGGCAAUCCGAUAAGUCUGCCUUAUACGGCGUCAAGUCCAUUAAUUAAACGGGUCAGUGAUAGUUAUAUUUCGUUUGUGGAAACCGGAAUAUCAAUUAGUCAGUCAGUCAGUCAGUCAGCCAGUCAGUCAACCAAUCACUAGGCCAACCCGUAAGUCGGUCGGUCAGUCAGUCAGUCCCAUAGCGGUAGCCUGCAAGUUUUUCAUGUUACGAGGCUAGUAAAGUACAAGUAAUUUUUCAUGUGUUUAGUAGCUUGAAAUUCAAAACAUUCGUCAGACGCUUAUCAUUCAACCUAUUUACUGUUUCUCAUUCAACAGAGUGGCCGCUAUGUGCUAGUGAAGUCUAAUGACCGUAUCAACAUUCUUUGGGACGGUGUAAAAGAUGUUAUCAUCAAAGUCCCUGAUACCUACUUGUAUUCCAAAGAUCACAAACUGAUUGGUCUUUGCGGUCUUUAUGACGGCAACAGUACCAAUGACUUCACCGAUAUCCAGGGAAAUGAGAUUCAGAACCCAACACAGGACCAGAUCAACUCUUUCGCGGACAGUUUCAAGCAGGAUCCGAACUGUCAAAACCAGCUCUCUACCAAAUUGAAAUGUUACAGUCCAGACGGAAACGACGCCAACGGUAGAAUCCACGCCGAGCGCGUGUGCAGUGUUCUUGAGGAGCCCGCUUUCCAGCCAUGUCACCGGUUCGUUGACCCUAAGCCUUUCGUGGAAAUGUGCAUGUAUGAAGUGUGCAGUACGAACUACACUAAUAACCCUCGGAGCAUGUGUGACGCCCUCGCUCUUUACGCGCGGGUCUGCGCGUGGUAUCACAACACGACCCUUACGUGGAGGCAGCAGUUCUGUCGUAAGUAGAGAAUUAAAUCAACUUUUGACACCAGCUAGUCAGUCAGCCAGUCGGUCAAUCAGUCAGUCGAUAUGUCAGUCAGCCAGUUAGUCGGUGACCUACUCAUCAGCCAGUCAGCCAGCCAGUCAGACAAUCAGUCAAUCAGUUGGUCAUUUUUAGUCAUUUAGUUGGUCAGUCUGUUGGUCAGUUAGUUGGUCAGUCAGUUGGUCAGUCAGUUAGUCAGUCAGACGGCCAGUCAUUCAGACAAUCAGUCAGUCAGUCAGUCAGUCAGUCAACCAGUUCUUCAUUAAACUUUUGCCGCUCCUUUUCCAAUGAAAUGAACAAAUGAGGCCAUAACUGCCUAUCGUUUUCAAUUGUUUCCAGCUUGAGCUAGUUGAAAACGUUGAUAAACCAAAAAAGAUUUUCUGACCAACUAACCGAGAACAGUUGAUCCUAGUAGAAUACGAACUAAAUUAUUAUGUUUUUGUUAGCCAUGGACUGUCCCAACGAAAAGGAAUACAAUGAAUGUGGUUCCUCCUGUCCCCUGACCUGCCGAAAUGUUAUCAGCGACCAGACGAAGUGCGGAUCGCCUUGCACAGAUGGUUGUCAUUGUCCUCCAGGCAAGUGGCUGGAUGGGAAUAAGUGUGUUGAUAAGAGCGACUGUUCUUGUUUGUAUCGCGAUAUCACUUAUCCCAACGGAGCAAGGAGGGCGGAGCCCUGCCAGACUUGGUGAGAAUUUUAGUUCCCCACUCCAGAACCUAUAAGGGAAAUAGGUACAAGCUUUCGGUGCAACAAUUUCUGGGGUCGUUUGGGUGGAUAAGCAUUGGUUAUGAUUAGCCUAUGGUAUUCAAGUCAAACAUUAACAAAUCAUAACGCCUGUCCGCCCAAAAUAUCCCAAGAAUCGCUACGCCGUAGAUCUUAAUCCAUUCCCCUUAUAGUUUCUUGAGCGGUGAAUUUCUUUUUAAAAUGUAAGUUGUAUUUUAUUUGUGAAUGCUGAGAAGUGAGAAACUCUACAAAUCCUUCUACAAGUUCAGGAAAGAAAGUGAGAUAAACUAGGGAUCAAGAAAUUUUUAUGGACCCAGCUUUCUCUACCGGCAAAUUUUUCAAAAAGAAUGAACUUCGCCAUGUUGUUCUGUCUUUUGCUUCAUGAGUUUCGCUUGUCAGAGGUCACGUGUUAAAUAUUCAGUUAGUGUAGAACUGCCUUCUAACGUUUUGUACGAGGUUAGCUAUGUAAGUACAUCCAUGUGCAAAUUUCAACGGUAAAGUUUACUCAGUCUGGAUCAUAUUUUUUACCAACAAAAUUCUCCGUGGUAUGAAGACUUUUUAUUACAAAAUGCCAGUUAUCAAUAAUACUUUGUUUUUGUUUAUAGCACUUGUAACGGAGGGCUGUGGAAUUGUGUUAAGAAACCCUGCCCAGGUAAGCUGUCAGAUAGAGUGUCAUCAGUUUUUACGUAACAGAGUAAAUGGUUUGAACUGGGGAAUUAUGUCAUAGGUAGGCGGAAUAUGAUCGUUCACAUCAGUGUGUAGUCCUGAAUAAGACUGAUGUUGACAGUGACUGACGUUUCGACAACCUGUUCGGUAGUCCUUUUCAGAUUCAGUAUUAUCUUAUCAGUUGAUGGUAUUCAACUCUGGUUGUUGACCACAAAAUAACCAGAUAAUAACCAGCAACUAGUCACUAUCAUCAACAUUCCUAUUGUCCUCAAUAAGUACCAGCGUGCUAAAUACAUUGACACUUACAUUAAGUGCGUUUUUUUUUCUCAGGGACCUGUUCUGUCCUUGGUGAUCCUCACAUCACGACAUUUGACCGCGACAAGGGUUACACAAUGAAUCUGAAGCAGUGUGCCUAUAUUCUGUCCGAACACUGUCACAUGCCAAAUGGAACAGACAGAGGUUUCUCUAUCACCAUUAGAAACAGGUGAGAUAAGGUUCUAAAGACAGGGCCAUCUCACGGAACUCUCAUCUUAUGGAAAUCUUUCUGAUCAGGUCCCGGUUGUUCAAACGUUGGAUAGCGCUAUCCACCGGAUAAAUCGCUAUCCAGAGGAUAAGUAUUACGAAAACCAGUUGCGCCAUCCUUUGCAGCGGCGGAUCUAGGGGGAGGGUGCAGGGGGUGCGCCCCCUCCCCCCCCCCGAGAUGACCUGCGGUUUUCUAAUACAACUGGUAUUCUGCAAAAAGAAAAAACUAUGUGGUUUAUUGGUGUUGAACUAGAGCAAGAGACGAGUGCACCCCCUCCUAAAAAAAAAAACCUGGAUCCGCCCCUGCUUUGGAUAGUAAUUUAUCUAGUGGAUAGCGCUAUCCACCUUUCGAACAACUGGGGCCAGAUGGCUAAUCAUUUUUACAUGAACUCAGAUGACGCUGCUAAAUUGUUUUGCUCUACAGAAAGAGGUGUAAAAGGUGACCGCUGUGCUUUCAAGUUUGCAUUAAUGCAAUCCUUUUUAAUCUUCUUCAACUUUGCCUAUCCGUACUCCUUUCUGGUGUUUUCCUACUUAUCUUGUGUUUUUCUACAGCUUGAAACAGUUAUUUUGAUAUUUCAGUGUUUCCUGUGAAAUUUUCGUUGAGUGAUGAAGUUUUGAAUCUACUCUUCCACGCAGUCUGCUACACAGCCGUUUUUAGUGUCGUCACACAACGGAACGCAACGUAACGACACUAAAAACGGCUGUGUAGCAGACUACUCUCCCACGCAGAUGUUGUCAGGGCUUUAUCACGUGUUCGUGGGUGAGGAACACGUGACGAAACCCUAAUAAAGUCUGCGUUAGAGGCCAACUAAAAUGGCUUGACCUUGCCCCUUAACCUUACCAUUUUUUUUUUCAUAUUAGGUACUGCUCUUCCUUGUACUCGCACUGCAGACGAGAACUGCUGGUAAAUGUCACAGGGCAGCCCUACUUGAUUCUGGACAUAGACGACUGGACGAAGAAGCCAACUGCUUCCAUUCAAACACAACAUGGUAGCGUGACCACCAUCACCAAGAGCUACUCGACGCAGAAGAUGGACGUGGAAUUUUUGGGCGACCAGAACAUAUUUAUCCACGUUGACCUGCAGGUGAGAUUUAGGUUAUUUUUACUUUUAGCCUUGUUCGUCGUCUGCUUGUGGCAAACAUACGAGUUACGACUGCACCAAAAACUGAAGAUUUUUGGUCUUUUCUUAAACCUUGCUUUCCCAGAGUGAAUGAUGGAGUCUUGCAAGGUGGCUCUAACUUUUGAGUCUGUGGAUGAAAUCCAAAAGUGUGACUAUUCAAAUGAAAGCUACUGAGCAGUACUUUCCUGUGGUACUGUUUAUUAUGCUGUAUCAGGUGGUUCUCACUUUUGAGUCUGUGAAUGAAAUCCUAUAGUGUGACCAUUCAAAUGAAAGCUUCUGAACAGUACUUUCCUGUGGUACUGUUUAUUAUGCUGCACAACGUGGUUCUAACUUGUGAGUCUGUGGAUGAAAUCCUAAAGUGUGACCAUUCAAGUGAAAGCUACUGAGCAGUACUUUCCAGUGGUACUGUUUAUUAUGCUGUACAAGGUGUUUCUAAGUUUUGAGUCUGAGAAUAAAAUCCAGUGGUGUGACCAAUCAAAAGAAAGCUACUGAGCUGUACUUUCCUGUGGUACUGUUUAUUAUGCUGUACAAGGUGAUUCUAACUUUUGAGUCUGAGAAUCAAAUCCAAUGGUGUGACCAUGCAAAUGAAAGUUACUGAACAGUACUUUCACAAAGUUCUAUUAAAUUUGAUGCUUUUUUUUUUACAUUUGCUGGGUUAUUUAAACCUUACGCCUUUUUUAAAAAAUGGUUAUUCGUGUGCUUUGCUCAAUAGGCCAUUUCAGAGUUGCCCCAUGCCUCUGUUUCCAAGCGAAGCUAAGUGUGAAGCGAUUCACAUUUAUUCUCCUGCAAAAAGAGACUCAUUUUCACAAGAAAGGUUUUUCGCUUUGCCUCGCUUUGAAAGUGAGAGUUUUUGAAACUCAGAAAUGACCUAUUUUAAGGCCAGCGCCUAGUGGCUCAAUUUGGCUCAAUUACGUGACUCAAUUCCUUCAAGACUUGACCACAAAAAUGAACGGAAGUUUAGGCGAAACGGGCGCAAGAGUCGUUACUUUUAGUACGCCUGAGUGAUAAUGACUGAUUGAGUUUGCAUGUCACCCAACAGAACGGCGUGGCGUUUUCCCUUCACUGGACAGGGUACAACACUUUCUUGACGGUGAAUGCUUCAUUGCAAGAUCAAACGUGCGGUCUCUGCGGUACGUUCAAUGGCAUAAAGGAAGAUGAUUUUCACCUGCGAAGUGGAGACGAUAAAGUAAGCUUGGAUGAGUUUGCUAGAGAGUGGUUGGUCCCUGAUCUGUCGGAGGAUAAAUGCUCGAAGGAGUCCGUGGAAAGUUCCAUUAACUACUGCGACAUAUACUUGCAAAAUAAAAACUGGACUCAUCAGCAAUGCAACGUGAUCAAAGGUACGAUAUGAGGGUUUGUUUUCGAAUUGCAUAGUCUUCUAGUUGUCGAAAUGAUGCUUUUCAUUUUUGGGUGAAAAUGUUAAAUGGCCCUGUCAUUGUUGUACAAAAACUAUAUUGCUCAAAGUGAAAUUAAUCUUUGGGUUAUAUUUAGUUUGUUUAAACAAACUGUUGCUGCGUUAACAAUUGCCGCAUUUUGUCAGGCAGUUUCGCGUAACUUGAAAACGUUUGAAGUGAAGUUGUGUCGACGUUCAUGCUGAAGUUACAUUACAGAUUUUAUUGGUGGUCUUGUAUCUCGGAGACGGUCGAACGACUAUCCAGCAAUAAGUGUCAUUCAUUUUCGACCGGACGUGUUUGUUAUUUACUUGUAGAUCCUGUCGGGCCUUUCGCCGAUUGCCACAAGGAAAUUUCAUACGCUGAAUUCUACAAGAAGUGUAUCCAAGAUGGAUGUCGCUGCGAGGGGUGCCUGUGCAAUGUGAUCGCUGGAUAUGCAAAGGCAUGCGCGGCGAAGGACAUCGAUGUGAACGGAUGGCGUAACUCUGUGAAACCAUGUUCUCAGGGUGAGCUAAAUAAUUUUAUGAUUUUGUAAUUAUUUCAAGGUAUCUUCCUUUUUUUGAUUUCUAUUUUAUUGCCAGCUUUCGCUUGCUUUCAUUUUGUCACAAGUCUCACAAUGCAAACGGCAUUCGCGGUGCCGUGAUUUAAUAGGCUGAUUUAGCUACAGAAGGAGAACGUCAUUUAACGACGGCGCACGCAAAUCAAACUACUGGCUUGACCAAUGGCAGAGCGAGAAAUUGGGAACCGGAAGUCGAGUUUAGUCCUUUUCGCGCGCUUUCCCACCGUCAAAUGAGUUCCUGUUCUGUUUCUAAAUCAGCCUAUAUAUCAAACACAAGAAAGAGUGUUCUACCUGAUAGAGCGAUUUUCGUAUGACCUUGAAAUAAAAACGCGUAAACAAUACAGACACAACAAACGAACAGAAAUGGAGCAAUUUGAUAGGUUUAUCGAACACAUACAAACGCGGGUGGCUUUUGGUUGGUUAAGCGAACACUCGGGUGAAAAAACUUCAUGCCCGAGAACUUUCUAGAAACCAACCCAUACUUCGCUUUGAGGUCAUACUGCAACACGAUUGGCCAAUCGAGCAAUGCCUACUCCAUAUUAGGGUUUUCUUUGGCGGGAAAACUAAGAGGCCAUGUUUUGAUCUUUUCAUCCAUUGGCUGAUAAAACAAAUAAUGAACACUUACCGAAACCAUUUUUCAAGGUCAUGCGAAAAUCGCUCUAUCAAAAUAUGAAGAUAUCUAAUAAAGAAGAGAAACACUGAUUCAUUUUAUGUCCAAAAACCAACAAGCUAUAUACCAAACACGAGAAUGAGUUUUGUAUCUGACAUAAAAUACCAGGAUAUCUUAUUAACAUGAAGAGAAGUGUUUUAUUUGAUGUCCAAACACCAGGAAGUAAUGCAUCAAACACUAGGAGGAGUGUUUCAUCUGAUAUCAAAACACCGGAAGUAACAUAUCAAACACGAUAAAGAGUGUUUAAUCUGAUAUUCAAACAUCAAAAAGUAAUACAUCAAACACGAGGAAGAGUACUUCAUUCGACAUAAAAUGACCAAACACGAGACAGUGUUUCAUUUGAUAUCCAGACACUAAGAAGUAAUACAUCAAACACGAGGAAGAGUACUUCAUUCGACACCGACUGACCAAACACGAGAUAGAGUGUUUAAUUUGAUAUCUAAACACUAAGAAGUAAUACAUCAAACACGAGAAGGAGUGUUUCAUCUGAUAUCAAAACACCAGAGGUAACACUGUAAACACGAGAAGUGAUGUUUCAUCCUACACCCAGACGAUGAGAAAUGGGUAAAGAAAAUAACGAAGCGUAGCUGACGGAGGUUUUUUUUAACCUAAUUCGUGUAAUUUUUUUAUCAGAUGAAACACACCUUUAAGUGUCUUUAGUGUUUUUUAAUGCUCUCAUUUAAAAGAUAUUGAAGGCAAACAAUCUCAGAAUUAUAUGCAGGUUAUUAGGAUGCGACUGAUUGAUCACAUAAAAAAAUAAUAAAUCUCUCUUUAGCUUUUUCGUGUGGAGCCGACAUGGUGCUGGAACAAUGCCACAGGUUAAACAACGGCUCGUGGAGUUGCCCUCAAACCUGCGAAGAUCUGGACCCAAUCGAAGGAGACUGCGAGAGGUGUGUAUAUCAUCCUGUUCACAGUUUCAUAGAAAAAAAACUGACUGUAGGGGUAACACAAUUACUUUUCAUUAUGGGCCGCUCGGUUAAGGAUCCAAACUGGCCGGAAACAAACCAGUUGGCUAUUUACAAUGUUGACUGAGGAGUUAUGGGCUGAAACAGAAACUGUAGUAAAGUGCUUUUAGGAAUUUCAAUGAACCAAUCAGAAUUGAAAGCGAAUACAUGUAUAGGGCCAAGCGCGGGAAACGUUUGGUAGCAAAGCAGGAUCGGUUCUUUUAGUACUCCCGAUGGGUUGAAAAAAUGGCGCAAAUUUUUCCGACCUACCGCAAAGCGUGGAAAAAAACGAGAUAAACUGCUUUGUCAAUCAUAACAAGCACAGACAUUCCGUUGUCGAUUAGUUUUUCUUUCUCGCUGAUUUAAGAAAUGGCGCGCUCUUCUUUAUCCUGCUAUCAAAGGUUUCUUUCCGAAAUGAAUUUUAGCUUUACAAAGUCGUUAGGGUCGCUACCUGAAUGACAUUGAUGCGAACGACUCCGCACAUGCUGAAUGCCAUUCAAAGCAAAAGGGAGAUUCUUUGCCAAUUUCCAGCAAAACAAGAUUCAUGUCCCUUACAUGUAAAGACAAGAUUCACGCUUCCAUUUAAAUGGAAGCGUCUAUGCUGCGUUGUCCCGUAUUUCGUCUUCUAGCAAGUAUUUUAAGGCCUAAGAAAUUUUUUUAAAAUUUUGUUUACUUUUCUCCCCCUUUCCUAGGCGCGGCUGCGUGGAAGCAUGCUACUGCAAAGAUCCUAACUAUGUGCUGAGAGGUGACAAGUGUGUGCCGAAGUCGAAGUGCCCUUGUUACUUUGAGGGAAAAGAAUAUGAACCUGGAUCAACAAGAAUUGAAAAAUGCAACACAUGGUAAGUGUUGAAUAAUUCGUCAAUUUCUAAGAGGACCAAAAUAAAGGGGAAAGAACAAACUUCAUUCUGUAAAAUAGUACAGAACAAAUCUUACUGCACUAAAGUGCUCCUGGUGAUGUUUAAUGUAAAUGAUUACACCUUAUGAUUUCAUCCACGGAGUCAAUAUUUUGAUCUUGCUUGUACGGCAUCAUACACAAAAGCACACGAAAGUACUGCAAAGUAUGUUUUUCGAAUGAAUGAUUACACCUCCACAGUCGCAAAACUGAAACUACAUUGUGCAGCCUAAUGAACAGUACCACAGGAAAGUACUGCUCAGUAGCGUUUAUUUAAAUGGUGACACUUCAGGGUUUCAUCCACAGACUCAAAAGUUAGAAUCACCUUGUACAGCAUAAUAAACAGUACCACAGGAAAUUGCCGCUCAGUAGCUUUCAUAUGAAUGGUGACGCUUCAGGAUUUUAUCCACCGAAUUUGCAUUCAGAAGUACGUUAAACAGGAUAAUAGACAUUACCACAGGAAAGUACUUCUCAGUCGCUCUCUUUUGAAUGGUGACUCUAGGAUUUUUGACAAGCAAGGGCAAAAGUAACAGUAUAUCAACAAGGACAAAUUGUUCGAGCGUCAGUGGCAACAGCUACAAUACAAAAUAUAGAAAAACUAAAAAUAAAUUCACUCAAAACUCAAAUAGUGAUCCUCGUUCCCAGGUUCCUCUCCUCGUCCACGGGACCGAGAACAGGAACCUGGAAACGAGGUUGAAACAGUGAUAAUAUCGAAAGCAUUCAGAAAAGUAUGAAUAGAUAAGAUAAUUUUCACCUCAUGUGUGAAAACCUGUAGAUGCUCUGUAAGCUAUUAUUAUUUCUUACCUAUUGUUUUUCGUCUUCAGCGAAUGUAAAGGAGGUGGGCAAUGGCAAUGUACUGCAAUGGAUUGUGAUGGUUUGUAUUAAACGUGUUAUUGUCUUGAAUUUAUGCUUAUCAUAUUGACGCGAAGAAAUGCUUUUGUUAUACAACGCAAAAUCGUAUUUAAAGAGCCGCCAGUUGAUAAGGGGCUACGGCACUGAAGAAAAAUGUGUUGUAUGUACCGUGGGAUGUUAUUAAGCGUGGAACAGAGAACGGGGAAGGGGGAACAGCGAACAGGGAACAGGGAACAGGGAAUAGGGAUCACGUGACGGGGAAAUGGAGAACCGGAAGUGGGGAACGGGGAAAAGGGAAUGGGGAACGAGCACAGGGAAAGGAAACAUGAAAAAUGGGGACCAAACAGAGAAUAAGAAAGGAAGUUGCUGAAAGGGCUAGGGUUCAAGUUAGGUUUUGUUCCCAUUUUUAAUUUUCCCGUUCCUCGUUUUAGUAACGUCCUUAACCGUGUAAUGUAUCGGUCAAAUCGAAGCUUCAACAUGCCCCCCCCGGGCAUACCCCGGGCAUUUGACACCUUUGCCGUCCCGGGGAGGCGUGAAUUUGAUUAUCAGAGUCUUCCAGGGGGUGGGGAAUUUGAUCCCCAUGCUUUAGGGGUGGGGAAUUUGAACUCCACCGUCGAUUUCAUUUAAAAUAUUUGGCGUGGCGAGCUAUCAUGGGGGACGCGGUGUUAGAGGAUUUUCGUGGAAAAGAUUGUGCCUUUGUGGCCAAUUGGUUACGAGGAAAGAGCUUAAACAAGCUUUGUGCCGUAUUUGAAGUAUUUAAAUUUUAAAAUUUUUAAUAUUGGAUUCAGGCUUUGAAUGUAUGAAUGUAUUUUAUUGUUGUGUUUACAAUGAAAUACAAUACCUAUAUCGGAGAUUCAAUACAACAACAUAAAAUGAAAUAAAAUAAAAUAAAACGGUCAACUACUUUGACCUACUGCAAGUAUCGUAAUUAAUAAGGUGAGCGAUGAUGCAUGUCAGUGAAAUGGUCAUGAUGUAGUAAUCUCAAUAGGUGGGAUCUUUUUUAUAGAACGCUUUGUAUGUUGCAUGACGAAGAAAAGCUGAGCAUUCAGUGACCUUGUAGCGGCGAUUUCCGCCGCUUUGCACGAGACUUUUAUUCGUAGUAAAUAGGCUAACAGUGUUGCUCAGUUUUUGUUAUAGUUAUAAAGAUUUUGUUCGACAACUGAAGGUAUUUCCGCCGUCCUUCUGUCAUUUUUGUGCCUGUGAAAUGUCCCCGGGGUGGGGGCAUUUGAUCACCUGAAUGGACCCUAGUGUGGGGCAUUUGAACGGCAUUUUGGCCCGGGUAGGGGGGAAUUGGAACAAUAAUUUACAAAAAAGUCAAAUGCCCCGGGGGGUUGCCCGGGGGGGACAUGUUGAAGCUUCGAUUUGACCGAUACAUAACCUUGUUAAUUGGGAAAUGCAAUGUGAUCACAGUAACGGGGUAACAUCACGUGAUACUGGCAAUUUCUGAACUAUGUGAUUGCAAAUAUAAAUUAAUUCUAUUGACCAGCGGUGCAAUGUUGAUCAGGAAAAGGAAACGAGCACCCUUGUUAAUUUAUUUUAACGGUAUCUCGUAGAAAGUGGGAAAAGGUGGUUUACGGCCUACUUGUGUUAAUUAAUUUUGUCGCCGAUUGAAGUUCCUUUUCACUAUCGUUUAAUGAUUUUUUUCUAGAACUUGACGAGUUUUUUUGACACUAAUCGUUCGUGUUUUGUUGCAGCCUUGUGCGCAAGUCAGGGUAAAGUAUAUUUAGACUGUGGGCUCACAUGUGAGAACUUCUUGAUGAGUGACUCGGCGAGAGCGUCGCGUUGCAAGCCGGGAUGUUACUGUCCGGGAAACAAGCUGCUUCUUGAAAACGGCACAUGCGUGGAGAAGAGCGAGUGCGGUUGUAAACACAACAACAAGUUUUAUCAAAAGGGGGAUGUAUCUCCUGUGGACUGUUCAAAGUAUGUGAUCGUGCCUGCUUCAUUGUGAAUUAGCUAAAGUGCGUUUUGUGAAUAUUUUGAGAAUAGUAUCCCAGGGUCCUUAUUGGCCUUGUUGCCAUUCGCUGCUUUAAAACAUAACUUGUAAAUCAAAUCGAAACGGAAACGAGGAGACUGGAGGCGAUAUGUGUCCCGCAAUCGUUUGUGGGAUCGCCGUUGGGGAUGCAUCGGUCAGCUAUUGGUCAAUUUUUUCCCUGUCCCCAGUAACAGUCCUAAUAAUAGUAAUAGUUAACUCGGCCUAGUUUCCUUCUCGUUUCUAACGUGGCGCUGAAUAAAGGAGAAGAAAACUGGGCCGAAUUAACUUUCGCAAAGACUUCUGGGACUGUUACUAGCGACAGGGAAAAAAAUUGGCCAAUAGUCGACCGGCAAAUUGAAACAAUUGCGAAAAACAUUUCGGCACCAGUCCCUUUCUCUUUUCUAAGGUGGCGAUUGUGAACUAAAAAGCGCUUAGCGACCGGGCCUGUGUUGCUUUGCAUAUGUAUACAACAAAAUCGAGUCAAACAGACUUGGCAUGACUGCGAUCGCUAAACUAAAUGGGAUCAGUUGUCUGUGGUGCUUGGGAUUUACUGAAUAUGUCUGACGCCGACAGCGUUUGAUCGUGUGGCAGAGCUUUCCAGAUUCUUUGGAAUCCAGGCUUAACCACCGUGCUUCAUCACGGGUCAAUACAACCUACAAGACUAAAACGGAUAGUCGCAUUCCUCUUAUUAACUCUCAAUAUUUCUUUGGAACCUUGAGGAUCUAAAAAAAACUCUCUGGAAGGCACGAUUUUGAAUAGAAAUAAUCUCACGCUAGACGUAAAGAAGCUGAUAUUGUUUCAAUCUCUCAUAGCCUUUACGUAAAUGAAUAUCUUAUAGUUGUCUGCAAAUAUUACAGUGGGCUUUCUGACACGUAAAUUUCAGAACUAGUGUUCAUAGAGUACGAUAUACUGCUUUCAGUGGGACGAAUUUUAAGCUAGGAAGUGUAAAUGCGGGAUAACAACUGCCUGACCAUUGCUUCCCAUCAGCGUGACAUAUUUCUGAUUAUUUCGUGACAUAUUUCUGAUUAUGCGUCAGUGCUUCUUGACCAAUUUUUUAUUCAUGUGUAACGUAACAUUAAUGCGAGUCAGUUGUGACAAGUAUGUGACUUUUGAGUGGCAACUGAUUCAUGUUUGCGUGACUUUUGCGUGACGAAUUUGUCCUUUAUUUCAGGAAAUGUAACGGUGCCCGUGAAUGGAUUUCUGACAAUAUGAUCGAGCCUUCCCCAGAGUAUGAAUGCGCUGCGUACGGUCAAGAUCAGUACCGCACAUUUGACGGAAGAUGGAUAGUGUUUCAUCAUGAACGCUGCGAGUUUAUUAUGAUGGAAGGAGAUGGCGUCAAGAUCUCGGUCAGGAACGAACCAUGCAGGUUAAAUUUCUGUGUUUUGUGGAUCUAGAAAUUGGUGAAACUAUGAGUGUUUCUAGGUGUUGCGAGAGCCAUUGUUCGUUAGCUGUGUAAUGAUGUUGGUGUAAUUUCAGGUUCUUGAAGCUUUUUUUUAUGCAGCUUCAUUCUUGUUAUCCAUUUGCCAGGUAACUGGUUGUUGGAAACAGUAACUAGAAAUUGAUAUCGGAGUUGAAAAUCGCAAAACGACAGCGAUCGUUGACAUAUGGUUUGGAAAAGGGUCAUAAGUAUGCAGCGUAUCGCAUGAUUCAGAUUUUACAGUUUCAGGCAGCGGGCAGCCUCCAUUCCUGGGGUGGGUGUUGGGCGGGACACUUGAAGUGAUUGUAUUCACGCAGCUUCACGAUUAACCACUCUAAUUCUGUGCCGAUCAAUUUGCCAAAUGUUGAUAUCCUGAAUUUUUCUAAUGGAUUUCAGUUCUAAAGGGCUAUAUGUAAGUUGAAAAAAGAAUUAGAAAAUCGUUGUCCUGUGUUCACGUACUCCUCAAAACUUGAAAUUGGAAAGUUUCACGUCGUGGACGAGCACCGAAGGAAAAAAUAAGCACAACACACAGCGUGUUGCUGCAUUGAGAAUCUAAACCUGUUGCUUUUUGCCGUUGUUCAGUUGUUGUUUUCGUUUUCCUCGUUGCUUAAUCUCCUUUUUAAAACAAGCCUUUUCGUUUUUAUCCAGUAAUUCGCUUGAACUACAGAUGUGCAAACGAGUUGGUAUUAAGUUGGAGGGCGGGAAGACAUCAUUGGAUUUGUACCAAAAAGAGUUCUCCAUUAUCCAAAAUGGUGCCAGCAAGAGUUACAAGCCGGGAGAAUAUCCCGAGCCGUGUCAGAUGGAGAUCCCCAAUGUUGAGGUUUUCCAUGUUGGUCUGUUCCUGAUAGUUCGCAUUUACCAGCCAAAUAAUCCUUUCUUUGUGAAAUUUGAGGUGAGUUGAACUAAAAGUAAAGGUAUAAUUUUGAUUGCAGCUUUACAACAUUUCACUGAGAAAAAUGGUUAUUCUGCCAUGAAGCAAACUCUCAUUUUAUGAAAUUAAAUCGCAAUGAGAAUUGUGUACAGUUGAAUGUCCAUUAAAUGGCAACCUUUCACCCUCUAUUUCGCGGCCAGAAAUCAAAGUUCUGAAAUAAUUGUGCAAAAGAAUGGGAAAUUAAACCUCUAUUAAGCGGCCAGCUCUAUCAAGCGGCCGCGGCCACCUUUUUGCCGUUCCAACGAGAGUUUUCCCAUUGACACCUUUAUUAAGCGGCCAUCAAGCACUUGAUACACUAAGUUUCGCUUUGAUACAAAUACAUUCCGAGAUACAAGGUGACGUCCGAUUGUGGACAAUAUGCUGCUCCCAUCGCGCGCUAGCCAUUUGUUUAAAAAUAAAAUGAUGUUUCUGCUUAAGAUUAUGCUAAUUUAAGAAGAACCUCUAUUGAGCGGCCAUCCUCCGCGUCCGCUUGCCAGUACCCCGAGGGUGGCCGCUCAGUGGGGGUUCAACUGUUACUUGUUACUUCUCCUAUUGUAGGUGCGUUUCGAUCAAGGAUCUCGUGUGUAUGUAACGCCUAAUCCCUCGUAUAAGAGCCAAGACAAAUUAAGUGGUAUUUGUGGUAACUUCAAUGGACGUGACCAAGACGAUUUGACGUUGCCGGACAAGAACACGGACGCCGCGGAUGACACUGAGUUUGGUUAUGCCUGGCGAGAUGAAGAGGAUUGUCCGUACCCUGUGAGUCUCGAUCCUUGCUCGGAUAAUCCUGAUAGACAAGGCUGGGCAGAGAAAGGUAAGUUGUAAAAAAAAAAAUAACCGAAAUCUCACAUGGCGAUGUAAUUCAAUUUUAUCUCUGGGUAAUUCUAUUUUACUUUGUUUCAAACUCAUUACCAAAUAUAACCAUACCCAAAACUAAUGGAGAAUAAAAGAUAAUAUUUCUGCACAGUCCCAUACAUUUAUUAAGCAUACACCUAACCUUUUGACCCUAGUCAAAUAAACUGUUUGUGAUAAAAACUAUGGUAUUGCUGCGUGCAUAAUAAAUAUAUGGGGCUGUUCGGAAAGUUUACAAAAUAAAAUUUAGACCAGCGAUGAAAUUAAACCACAAAAGAGACAGUAACUAUGUUAAAUGAAGCGACGGAACCGAUCUCGUAUGUAUGAAACUAAUUCCAAUCUUUUCUUUUCUUAACAUUGCCUAUUUGAACAACUGGGCCCAGGCCCCGGUUGUUUAAAAGAUGGAUAGUGCUUUCUACCGGAUAAAUAACUAUCCCACGGAUAAGUAUUAGGGAAACCAAUUGCACUAUCCACUGGAUAGAGAUUUAUCUGCUGGAUAGCGCUGUCAACAUUUUGACCAACUGGGCCCUGGCCCCGGUUGUUCAAACGUCGGAUAGCGCUAUCCACCGGAUAAAUCACUAUCCAGCGGAUAGCGUGAUUGAUUUCCGUAAUACUUAUCCGCUGGAACGGAUAACUAUUAUGGAUACCGUAUUCCUUAUCCGCUGGAUAGAGAUUUAUCUGCUGGAUAGCGCUAUCAAAAUUUUGAACAACCGGGGCCUGGACUAUAGUUUUACCCACUGGCUUUUGAAAGCCAGUUCCUAGCAAGUUGUGAGUUCGUAAUACCCUUUAUUUCUGCUUUUAAUUCUUACGUGUUGUAAAUGCCAGGUUGUAACGAAAUCAAAAGGAACGCCAACUUCACCGUCUGUCACGACACAGUGGACCCCGAGCCGUACUUCGAAGCCUGUAAGCACGAAGCUUGUCUGUGCCACAAGGGAGGCGACUGCGCAUGCUUUUGUUCGGCGGUUGCUGCGUAUGUGCGAGCCUGCAACCAGUACGGCAUCUCAAUCACGUGGCGUAGGGAAGGAUUUUGUGGUGAGUUAAAUAAACAGUGUAGUGGUCGUCAUAGAAUAGAUUGAAGAAGAAGAAGUUGAGACCUGACGUGAACUCAAGUGAAGUAUUACUAAAUCAAUCGCAACGAUAAUGGUGAUGAUACAUACAUACAUACAUACCUACCUACCUACCUACCUACCUACCUACCUACCUACCUACCUACCUACCUACCUACCUACCUACCUACCUACCUACAUACAUACAUACAUACAUACAUGCAUACAUAUAUAUUUUAUUGAAAGGACAAUAGCGCAGUCAAAGACUGAUGUGGUCCUUAAUUAACAAAUACACUAGAAAGAUAAUUUACGAUAUUACAUGUGUUACGAUUAACACAAUUUCUACAACUGGAAACAACAAUAGUUACAAUACAACAGACGAUUACAGCUACACAAGUGAUACUAAAAUUAUCGUUAUCAGCACAGCAUUAAAAGUUAAAAAUUUACAGAUUAAUAAUAAAAGAAAUCAUCUAAAUUUUUAUUUAAAUUCACGCAAGUUCCCUUCAUAUAACUACUCUGUUCCAGAUUGCAUUUCUUCAAGGUUACCUUAAAUCUCGCUACAUCAUCUUGAAUCCUUGUUUUGUUGUUGAGGCCAUUUCCAAGGAUUGGUCCUCUAAUUGUGAACAGGGACCCUAAGAUCCGAGGACGGCGACGGCAGAGAAAGCGUUGACCUCCUUCUGGUUGGGAUUCUUACCUUUGUGGGUCACAAUGAAAACUAUUGGUUUGCUAGUAAUUGUGUUACCCCUAUAGAGUCAGAUUGAACAGCGCGAAAGGCACACAUUUAGGUGGACACAAGAGUUGGUGUCUGUUGAACUGUUUAAGGUCAAAAAUACUCUAGAACACAAAAGCCAUGGAAAAGUCAUGGAAAGUCCUGGAAUUUGAAGAACUUAAAAGAGGACGAACCCUGUUUAAAAUGUAAAUGAAUAAUAAGCUAAUUCAUACUUCUGCAGAGCUCCCCUGCUGUCGACCUUGUCAGAACACAGGUGGUUACCUAGCCAACAUAAGUUUGCCCACUACCUGCGAGAGCCCCGCCAAAGAUUGUCAAAAAUUGGGUGCAAGGUGCUGCCGUGGGCCUCGAGUUGAAGGAUGUUCCUGCCCUCUUGGUACGUUCUUCGACGGUAAAAAGUGUGUCAAUCAAACAGAGAAAUGUAGCAGGCCUUGUGUCGCCACAACAACUGUUGUCACGUCGUCCACGACCAGCAGUAUAUCAAGCUCGAGUAGCACCAGGUACGUAAAACGACAUCGAUUUAUAAUAGCCAUAGGACUGUGCAUGUGAGAGGUCGUUUCGGUCUGCAGCCAUAACAGUGAUAGCCAAAGUCCAAUUUGAUAAAAAAAAAACGGUUAAAGGUUUAUAGUGAAAAUUCCACUUAACUUAUCCACCUAGUCUACUGGAACUCCACUCAAAAAAUUUAGAACAAAUAAUUGUAAUAUACCAUAUUAUAGGAAGUUAACGCUUCAUGAAAUUAACUCGAAUUUCAGAAAUUGGGUUAAUUGCUGUAAACGUUAAUUUCCGCGACCUCAAUUUCCAUGUUUUUGACCCCAAAUUCUCAAUACACUUCUGACGUUCUUGACACCUAAGAAAGAGGGGUAUUUUAUCAGGGUGGAGAUUCGCCAGCGACAGUGAAACUGUGAUGAACUUGAAGUGGCCAGAUUUCUUCGCUUAACGUUUGAGUAAAGAAUAGCCUGCGAAAACAUCCGUUUCUCCUCGCUCUUCGCCGAUGGCGACGGCCUCGCGAAACGUCCCCGGCGGCGAAGAGCAAGGAGAAACGGAUGUUUUCGCAGGCUAAGUAAAGAACCACGAACAAAGUUUCCGUUUCGGAUUUUACGUUUAAUCUUCGUUCCUGUUGUCUCAGCAAGGUUUGUUUCUUUGUACACGUCGCGUAAAUUUCCUUCAUUUUGUAUAGGUAAUAGCAUGAUUUGUAGUGAUAUUUGGCAUAAAUACCACCAGUGAUUUUUCAAAAUUGUGAUACGUAAUUUGAGACAAUUUAUUGCAAUUAAUUUAUUUAUACUACUACACGCAAAGGUUUGUGAUUUUCACUCAUAGGUAUUUCAAAUUAAAUUGUAAAACCACUGCUCUUAGCCAAUCAAAUUGAAGAAAUUUCUCAUGUGGUAAUAUAAUAAAUGUAACCCUCUCUUUCGCGUUAAUUUCCUUUAUUCGAAAGUCGUGUUUUACAAAAUUCGCGUUAAUUUCUAAUACCUUAAUUUCAUGGAGCGUUAAUUUCAUAUAAUAACGUAACAUAUAACAGGAUCCCCCCCCCCUUCCACACACACACACGCUUUUUAGUACAUGUCUAUGACGUCCACUGCACGACUACCACGUGGACAUACGACGACGAAUUUUCCUUCCUCUUUUUGAACUUGAAUAAAAUCCUUUAGAAUUGAACUCUAGGAAAAGUCGCCUGCAUUUGACACAUUGAGCAGGUCCAAAUAGACGCAGUUAAGUUUGAAAGAACGCAAAUUCAUUUUUUAGCGACGUUUUCACUGCCGUCGUGGUCGUCGUUUCUUAAGGUCCCUAUUUACAAGCGUGGCCGAGGAGUGCGACUCGAACCAAAGACCGCCGGAUUGCGAGUGCGAUGCGCUAACCACUCAGCCUCGCUCUCUUCAAAGCGUUCUCUCCCCUUUGUGUCUCAUUACAAAUAUGACUACAGAAUGAAUUGGACGACACGAAGUUAUCUUUUUAGUUGCUCAAUACUUAAGCAAAAUGUCCGAAAAACGGUAAAGGUUUCAGUGAUUUGUUCAACAAAAGGACAAAGAUCGUCCCCCGUGUCUUGCUGUUCUUCACUUAGGCGUAAAGAGAAAAAAUAGUGACUUUUAAACUGUCGCAUUACCGCGGAGGUUACAUCUUGCUGUCCAAUUCCUUAGAUAUCUCGCAUUCUUUCACGUUACACUUUCCUAUUAAUGCUGAAAUUGGGGCUAAAAAAUAGCAAUUCAGAUUGAGGAUUUUGUUCUUAAUUAUAAUAAAUACUUUCAUUAAUGAUAUUUACAUAAACAUGACUUUUUGCACUCUUCUAGCUCGUCCAUUUCAAGCACCUCCAGUGUGUCCACACCCACUACUACAACUUCAUCCUCGAGCGUCAGCACAAGUGUGUCAAGCAGUACAUCAUCGAGCUCAUCGAGUUUAAGUGUUUCCACACCAACGACAACAGUUUACUCGACAUAUUCAAGUCCGAGCAGUUCAACAUCAACUUCAUCAAGUUCAAGUGUGAGCAGUUCUACUUCAACGUCGUUGAGUUCCAGUGUGUCGACGCCCACUACAACAACUUCAUCGAGUAGUGUCAGUACAAGUGUGUCAAGCAGUACAUCAUCCAGCUCGUCUAGUUCGAGUGUCUCCACACCAACGACUACGGUGUACUCGACGUAUUCAAGUGUGAGCAGUUCAACUUCAACUUCGUUGAGUUCAAGUGUGAGUAGCUCAACUUCAGUAUCGUCAAGUUCCAGUGUGAGCAGUUCAACUUCCACCUCGUCUAGCUCGAGUGUUUCAACAUCCACGACAACAACGUCAUCCACUAGGUAAAGUAGUUUAAAAUUGCAGAAGGAAUAUUGGUUAGUUUCGUAUUAGCUUAGCUAUGAACAACAACGAAAACAGAAAUUACCUUUUAUAAGCAGGUAGUUAAAAUUGCCUGCUACCGUCACUAUGACAUUUCAACGUUUACAGGUUACAGGUUGUGUUGGUCAUGUACAGGUGUUUGCAAGACCGUGAAAUGAAUCGGACGCUAAUCGCUUGUUCAAGUGUAAUAAGCACCAAAAAGCGUUUACGAUCAACAUCAUGGCAGCUUCGUGUUACACAGCGCUGCUUCUAGCACCUCUGCUGCUCCUUCAAACGAGGAUUAUAUUGGUUGAUGGUGGAGGUGGUUUUGGUAAUAAUAUUAAUGGCGACAAUAUUGGCGCUGAUCACUGUUUAAAUGAUGAUGAAAGUUAAUAAGACAGAUACGUCACAGUGGAACCGCCUCAAUACAAAAUAUUGGCAACCAAUGUGAUAUUUGAGUCAGGAAACAUAUUGACGGACACAAGGAAUGUAGAGUUAGGCCGCUAGGGGAAGUUGUUGCUAGAAGUUGAACCGUUGCACAGAAAUCUAAUGUGUGAGUGCGUCUCUUUUUGGUAAAGAGAGGCUGCGCGUUUGAAAAUAAGGUGGACAAGCAAUUAGGCAAUUCAAAGAACCUGAGUCAUUUCAGACGACAACAUCAUUGGGUGGUGAGGUUUAGUCGUGAGCCUUGUAGGGCACGCAGACACAGGCGUUGGUGUGUGUGGAAAGGGACUGCUGUGGGUCCACAGUAGUUACCGAAUGCUAACAAGUCUAAUUUACCUAAUGAAAGUAUAAACUUACCUUUAGACAGUGAUUGGGUAAUCAUGAAAUAGGAUCAUUUUCCUUUCUUGAACAAAUUUUAACGUAAGUGUUUUCUUCAGUUCCGCGUCGUCUACAACAACAACUUCAUAUAAAUCAGUUUCUCAAAAGAGCACAGCAACUGUUUAUCCAUCCACUGUGACCAGAACUACUGGGACAGAAUAUUCUGUUUAUCCGUCGAGUAGAACCCCACCAAGCUUAAAGCCACCCUCGCAAACAUCGACGUCGAGCACUUCAUCUAGCAGAUUGGCACAAUGUACCCUUAUAAUGUACAAAAAUGUAUGAUUGUUUUGACUACAGUCAUGUAAAACUAGAUUUACAAGAAAAAGAUGAAAUUUGUAAUUGGAAAUUUUACUUUUGUUAAUGCUCAUAGCUUUUUGACAGUUUGAUGGUCGAGUGACUUUGCAGCUCCACACCCCUGACCUAACGUCAAUGUCAAGUAGUAGCAAGGACGCCGGGAGAUUAAGUCAUGCGACACACAUAUAUAUGGUUGUUUAGCGGUCCGUCUAAAUCUAGUACAAAUAAACGUGAGGAAUUGAAAGGAUAAGUAGAGACAAGGGAAGUGCUGUACGGAAGUAUAAGGUACCCAAUUAGAAGUACAACAGUGGGGACGUGAUGUUUAACAAAUGACGUGUAUAGUGAAAACCCUUCACCCUUUUUUUUUUUUUCAUACUUGUGUUUCAUUGCAAAAAAGGAGGCGUGUCAGGAAUGAAAAGUCAUUUAUUGUCAAAAGACUGUCCAUUUUUGACGAAGGCAACUCAGAGCCACUGAAAAAAUCGUUUUUUUAACGUUAAACACUUUAAACGUUACGUACCCUAGUACAGGGUACUACAACAGUCUUUUCAAUAUACAAAGCAGAGUACCCGCAAUGGUCUUGACAAAUGAUUAUUCCUUGUCAGUUCUUCAUCCAGUUCUUCAUCGACUUCAAGUGUGUCAACACCCACUACAUCUUCAUCCACAUCUGUCAGCUCAAGUGUGUCGAGUAGUACUUCUUCAAGCUUAUCGAGUUCAAUUGUGUCAACCCCAUCGACAACAGUGAGUAGCUCAACGUCAACUCCGUCUAGUUCCAGUGUGACCAGCUCAACGUCAACUUCCUCAAGUUCCAGCGUGUCCACACCCACAACAACAACUUUGUCUACUAGCGUCAGCACCAGUGUGUCAAGUAGUACAUCGUCCAGCUCGUCGAGUUCAAGUGUGUCUACACCAACAACAACAGUUUACUCGACAUAUUCAAGUGUCAGGAGCUCAACUUCAACAUCGACUAGUUCCAGCGUGAGUAGCUCAACUUCAACUUCGUCGAGUUCAAGCGUAUCCACACCAACAACGACAACUUCUUCCACGAGCGUCAGCACUAGUGUGUCAAGCAGUACAUCGUCCAGCUCGUCGAGUUCAAGUGUGUCUACACCAACGACAACAGUUUACUCGACAUAUUCAAGUGCGAGUAGCUCAGCUUCAACAUCAACUAGUUCCAGCGUGAGUAGCUCAACUUCAACUUCGUCGAGUUCAAGCGUAUCCACACCAGCAACGACAACUUCUUCCACCAGCGUUAGCACUAGUGUGUCAAGCAGUUCAUCGUCCAGCUUGUCGAGUUCAAGUGUGUCUACACCAACGACAACAGUUUACUCGACAUAUUCAAGUGCGAGUAGCUCAGCUUCAACAUCAACUAGUUCCAGCGUGAGUAGCUCAACUUCAACAUCGACUAGUUCCAGUGUGAGUAGCUCAACUUCAACUUCGUCGAGUUCAAGUGUAUCCACACCAACAACGACAACUUCGUCCACCAGCGUCAGUACAAGUGUUUCAAGCAGUACAUCUUCCAGCUCAUCGAAUUCCAGUGUUUCCACACCGACCACAACAGUGUACUCCACGUAUUCAAGUGUGAGCAGUUCAACAUCAACUUCGACUAGUUCCAGUGUGAGUAGCUCAACUUCAACUUCGUCGAGUUCAAGUGUAUCAACACCAACAACGACAACUUCGUCCACCAGCGUCAGUACAAGUGUUUCAAGCAGUACGUCAUCCAGCUCAUCGAGUUCCACUGUGUCCACACUGACCACAACAGUGUACUCCACGUAUUCAAGUGUGAGCAGUUCAACAUCAACUUCGACUAGUUCCAGUGUGAGUAGUUCAACUUCGACUUCGUCUAUUUCCAGUGUGUCCACACCCACUACGACAACUUCUUCCACGAGUGUCAGCACAAGUGUGUCGAGCAGUACAUCAUCCAGCUCAUCCAGUUCGAGUGUGUCUACACCAACGACAACAGUUUAUUCUUCGUAUUCGAGUGUGAGCAGUUCUACUUCAACUUCCGUGAGUUCGAGUGUGACUAGCUCAACUUCAACUUCGUCGAGUUCAAGUGUAAGUAGUUCAACCUCAACUUCGUCUAGUGCGAGUGUAUCUACACCCACUACAACAACUUCCUCCACCAGCGUCAGCACAAGUGUGUCAAGCAGUACAUCAUCCAGCUCAUCGAGUUCGAGUGUGUCUACACCAACGACAACAGUUUAUUCCACGUACUCAAGUGUCAGCAGUUCAACAUCAACUUCAUCUAGUUCCAGUGUGAGCAGCUCAACUUCAACUUCAUCGAGUUCCAGUGUGUCCACACCCACUACGACAACUUCAUCCACGAGUGUCAGCACAAGUGUGUCAAGCAGUACAUCAUCCAGCUCAUCGAGUUCAACCGUGUCCACGCCAACUACAACAGUUUAUUCCACAUAUUCAAGUGUGAGCAGUUCUACUUCAACUUCCGUGAGCUCGAGUGUGAGUAGCUCUUCUUCAACUUCGUCGACAUCAAGCUCUUCUAGCACUUCAUCGUACAGCAGUUCUAGGUAUGGAUAGUAUAUGGUGUUAAAUGUUGGCGCUGCCAAUAUUCAGGCCCAUGCCAUUCUUGUUAAUUAUUCUAGGCACUUGAAUUUGUGGACGGGCUUAAUACUAAAGCAACUAGUAUUACAGAAAAUUAGUUUUUUAGUUGCUUAAAUUUCCACAUUCUGACUUCUGCUUUGGACUUCCGGGGUAGCCCACCGUUACAUUCCAGGAAUAUUGAAGAUAAUAUAGAUGAACAUUUUCUGUGUUGACAAUUUAGCCCAGUCGCGUGACGGUUAUUGCUGAAGUGAUCAUAUCACCAACCUUGCUUUGUCACAAAUUACAGCUUUAGUUUAUUGGUUUGGUUGUGCUUAUAAGUGGUAUUCUUUGAUUGUGGCAAGAAUCGUAUAGUUUUGCCUCAACCCGUUGUGAAUUUUGAGGGACCAAGAACAUAAUGAGGCUAUGUCGGGAAACGGUGAUGAAAACGUGGAACAAGCAAUAGUUGUUCAAAAGGUGGAUAGCGCUAUCCAUUGGAUAAAGUUCUCCCCAGUAGAUAACGCAAUUGGUUAGCCUAAUAGUGAUUUAGCCGGUGGGUAGAAGUACCCAACUUUGAACAACCAAGGACGGAUGAUGUUAAAGGUUAUGCCUGGCAAGAUUGAGGAGGGCUCUAUGUUCCUGAUAAUUUUCAUAGAUUCUAGACGAUGAUGAUGAUGUUGGUGACGAUGGUGAGUGUUGAUGAUCAGAUAAGAUGAGCAGUGGAUAAAUGGCAGUGGAUAAAUUGUAGCAGGUUUAAUAUCUUAAAAUUUUGCUACAAGACUGAAGCAAUAUACCUAUGUAAUUAUAUUUGGCGAAGUGCUGUGAUGAUAAUGGUGAUGAUGGCGAUGAUCACGAUGAUGAUGCUGGUGACGAUGAUGAUAAUGAUGUUGAUAAUGAUGAUGAUGAUGAUGACGAUGAUGAUGGCGGAAAUGGUUAAGGUGGAGAUGGUGACUGGGGGAAAACAAAGGCAUUGCUUUUAUAUGUUAAGGUUAUAUCUUACGAGAUGGGCCUUAGAUAGCGGUCGUCCAUAACUUAAAUAAGUAAAUUUUUUAAGUAAUAUUAAGUAGCUUCUAAUAAUGUUACCAGACUGAACGAUUUGAUUCGUAGUAUCCAUGAGUAAAAGGGAAGGAUCAUUACGAACGUCUUUACUGAGGGUAUGAACUCUUUCAAUCCUAACGCUUAGCUCACCGAGUCUAUUCACACAAGUUCCUCCAUCUUCAAAAGUGACAUCUGUGUCUUCAUCAAAAUCAGAGUUCACAGUGUCGUCCUCAAAAUCUAAGUCCAGUCCAGUGUUCCCUUCUCCGUCUUCGGUGUCUUCCUCGACGACAUCCGCUUCAUAUAAAUCGGCUUCUCAGAAGAGCACAGCCACCGUAUACCCAUCUACCGUGACCAGAACUACAGGGACAGAAUACACUCUUGCUACAUCGAGUAGAACCCCACCAACCUUGAAGCCACCAGUGCGAACAUCAAAAUACAGCUCCCCAUCAAGCAGGUUACUAUCAUGAGUUUAGCGAGGGUUUGAUUACUGAGGGGAUGGGUGAGAAUAAAGGACAUUUCACAGGAAAUAGUAGUUGACAAUUAUCGAGGGAUGAGCAGCUGUGAAUGUCAACGAGCCUUUUUCAUCAAGCAGGUUAUCCGUUGAUUGGGUCAGGUUAUGAAAACGAGUUUUGCAAGGAUUUUAUUUCUAAGGGAAUGCUUUGGGAUAAGAGAGGUUGGGAAAGGUCACAGUGCAUAUUAACAAGCUAUAAUUGAUAUUCCUUGUCGUAGUAAGGCAAAGGAAUAAAGACAGGGUGAUGGGUCAUUCCAAGGAAUCCCAGGAAUGGAGAAACGUAUGGGUUAAAAUUGGAGAAUUCGCAAGAUGGACUAGCAUUGUAAACGCUUUAGUUGGAAAGCGAUUUCAGCUACACCCAACGAUUAACUUUAUGAGGUAGCGGUGCGGUUAGGUUAUUAACGUCAUAACUUGCUGCCUUCCUUCAAACGCAUUUUUGCUGUGACUUUUAUGAAUUGCGAUACCUUAAUGUUUGUCAGUGUUCUAAUCUCUUGUAACAACAAACAAACUGACCUCAUGUUUCUUGCGUAGAUCAUUUGCUUAUACUGUAAUGAUCUGUCUGUUACAGCCAGCGAUAUUGUUAGUAACAAUUGGAUGUCAGUAGAUUUUAGGGUGUACAAAGGUAACUGAAUGUACCGGUAAUCUAAGGCUUUUAAGCUCUGCGAAACGAAAGGGCGUCGCUGGCCUUAGGGCCAAGGCUAAUCUUUGAAUUCUGAAGGUGAUGUUGACACAUCAACUUUUCCAAGGUUCAGAGUAAAUUUUACAUUGUUAAGCUCUCAUCAAUUGGAACGCAUGAAAUAAACUAAAGAGAAGGGAGGGGAGUCGGAAGGAAAUGCCAUUCCAGGCAUAAAAGAUUGCUUGAGAAAUGUCCGUUGUUCAUGUUACAAGUGUUAGAAAAAAAAAAUGUAAAUGACCUAGGUUGGCACUUGGGAAAGGAAACAUGGCUCGGGUACCUUUUCGUUUUCGGAAAGGUUGUUUGUUAGCAAGGCCACGUCCGUCGUUCUCAUGAUAUAUAGAGGAUAUUACACGGUGGCGAGAAGAUAUGAAUUUUAUGUUCGAGUGGCGAGAACAAUAUCUCACUCGUUCGCUUCGCUCACUCGUGAGAUAUUGUUCUUGCCACGAGAACAUAAAAUUCAUAUCUUCGAGCCAAUGUGUAAUGUUCUUUUUAUUAUAUGUAGAAACCAAUUCAACAAAAGCCAAAGGGCGGGAAUCGUGACGUCAUUGAACGAUACGACACUCAAAAAGGUGACAUACGGAAAAUACGCCACUCGGGUCCCGGAUGAAGUGGCGUAUGGAAUCUACGAGUGGUUUAGUUCCCAGUAAAACACUCUCCUCCAUAUAAUAACAUUAGCUAUGAUCAGUAAUGUUGAAAACAUCCUGUAUGGUACUAACUAGCUUUUGUAAACUGUAAUUACGAUAAGUGAAUGAAAUACUGAUAAAUAAUAAUAAUGAUAUCAUUUUGGUCAACCCCAUUUCACAGUACUUCAAGCUCUAGCAGCUCCACUUCAACUUCAUCAAGUAGCAGUGUCAGUAGCUCAACUUCAACUUCCUCCAGUUCAAGUGUGUCCACACCCACUACAACAACUUCAUCUUCUACAAGCGUCAGCUCCAGUAUAUCCAGCAGUACAUCAUCAAGUGCGUCAAGUUCCAGUGUAUCCACACCAACCACAACGGUUUCCUCGACAUAUUCAAGUCCGAGCAGUUCAACUUCCACUUCAUCCAGUUCUAGUGUGAGUAUCAGUAGCUCUACUUCAACAUCAUCAAGUUCUAGUGUGUCGACGCCAACUACAACAACUUCAUCUUCUACGAGCAUCAGCUCAAGUGUGUCAAGCAGUACGUCAUCAAGCUCAUCAAGUUCCAGUGUGUCCACGCCAACCACAACGAUUUACUCGACAUAUUCAAGUGCGAGCAGUUCAACUUCGACUUCAUCCAGUUCUAGUGUGAGUAGUUCAACCUCAACUUCGUCGAGUACCAGUGUCAGUAGCUCUACUUCAACAUCAUCAAGUUCUAGUGUGUCGACGCCAACUACAACAACUUCAUCUUCUACGAGCGUCAGCUCAAGUGUGUCAAGCAGUACGUCAUCAAGCUCAUCAAGCUCCAGUGUGUCCACGCCAACCACAACUAUUUACUCGACAUAUUCAAGUGCGAGCAGUUCAACUUCCACUUCAUCCAGUUCUAGUGUGAGUAGUUCAACCUCAACUUCGUCGAGUACCAGCGUCAGUAGCUCUACUUCAACAUCAUCAAGUUCUAGUGUGUCGACGCCAACUACAACAACUUCAUCUUCUACGAGCGUCAGCUCAAGUGUGUCAAGCAGUACGUCAUCAAGCUCAUCAAGCUCCAGUGUGUCCACGCCAACCACAACUAUUUACUCGACAUAUUCAAGUGCGAGCAGUUCAACUUCCACUUCAUCCAGUUCUAGUGUGAGUAGUUCAACCUCAACUUCGUCGAGUACCAGCGUCAGUAGCUCUACUUCAACAUCAUCAAGUUCUAGUGUGUCGACGCCAACUACAACAACUUCAUCUUCUACGAGCGUCAGCUCAAGUGUGUCAAGCAGUACGUCAUCAAGCUCAUCAAGCUCCAGUGUGUCCACACCAACCACAACUAUUUACUCGACAUAUUCAAGUGCGAGCAGUUCAACUUCCACUUCAUCCAGUUCUAGUGUGAGUAGUUCAACCUCAACUUCGUCGAGUACCAGUGUCAGUAGCUCUACUUCAACAUCAUCAAGUUUCAGUGUGUCGACGCCAACUACAACA